AUGGAGACACCACGCAACCUUCUUGAUGACAUCCAGAGGCCACCUUCAGCACGCCAUAUUUGGCGCCCUGAGAAUGUUUAUAUUGACCCUACGACAUUCCAUGAAGCCUACCCAGAACUCAGCCACAUCCCCAUGACUUAUUUGAGGCACUCAAUGCGCAAAGUAUCACGCCACUUUCUAGAAUUCCCCAUAUCCCCAAUCCAGCUACCCGCCUCCGCAGAACAGCUCAAACUCCCAAUGGAUACCUGGCCAGCUGUCCCCUCCCAUAUCUUCAAGAUUCCCGUCUUGGUCGGUGGCCAACUAACGUUCCACUUUUUUCCAAUCCAUGCGCACGUCUUUAUGGUUAUGUGUGCCAAGCUCAAGAAACUUCCAUUGUCUUUGUCCUCCGAUCCCGAGACCCAGUCUUCCAUCCAGGUCCCAGUUGUCGAAUACUAUGUGCCCGCUCCUUUAAGUUUCCCGUUGUUCCAAGAGCACAUAUACACGAUGGACCAUGACCUUCUCAAGGAACGUUUCAUAGGCGUACGACUCCCAGAUCUAGAGAGGGAAAGAGAUGCUGUUCUCUCUCAAAUACCCCUAGAGACGCUCUUCGUCCAGGCCAAUUUAAUCCAUGGCUUCUACAACAACGCGUGCGAUUUUGGAUUUUAUGAUGAGCAGACUUUUGAUGUCAUCGAGACUUGUUGGAAUUAUUUGUAUCGUGCUCGCCACUUUCAAACUGGAGCAACCACACGUUCUACUUGA